AUGGCGACUACUGGAGGGAUCUCUGAUCGCCCGAGUGUGGUGAAGCUGAAUGUCGGCGGCCGACACUAUGUGGCGGCAGCAUCAACCCUUACCUCCCAGGGUGGAAUGCUGGCGGCCAUGCUGCAAGGCCCCUUCAGCUCUUCCGAGCUUGUGGAUGAUGCAUUUUUCAUCGACCGCGACGGGGAGAUGUUCCGGUACAUCAUGGAGUAUCUCCGCUGCGGCACCGUCGAAGUCCCAUGGACCAUGCCGAAGGGAAUCCUGAAGCAGCUCGAGCGCGAAGCGGACUUCUUUGCUCUGCCCGGCCUCGUCCACCAUGUACGAGCACGUCUGGUGGAGAAGCAUGUGAAGGUGAGCAUCUUCGUCGGCCGGUUCAUGUGUUCCAAUGAGGGCUGCAACUGUGGCGCUGGACAGAAGGUGGAAAUCAACGAGGUGGAAGGUCUCUCCUUCUUCGACACGGAGUUCAUCCAUCCUCGUCAGGAAUACCUGGGUUUGGCAUUUUCAAACUCCACUUUCUAG